GGACUAGCCCCCAAGAGCUCCGUGCGGGAUUCUAGGCUCCCCUGUGACAGCCGCGGCAGGAAGCGGGCGGGCGCUCCCCGGCCAAGGGCCUGUUGUUCUCGGAAGCGAGAAAGCUGGACAUUUCCCCCGUAACUCCCAGCUCUGGGCGUAGAGUGUGCAUGGCGAAGUCCCCGGAGAACUCUACCCUGGAGGAGAUUCUGGGGCAGUAUCAACGGAGUCUCCGGGGUUGUUGUUGCAGAACGUGCCAGUCGAAGUAUUCACCAGCUGAAAUGUGCCCUGAGGGAAGGUGAUGUCACUCUUGGAGAAGAUGCACCAAAUCUUUCUUUUAGCACCAGUGCAGGAAAUGAGGAUGCCAGGACAGCUUGGCUCGAAUUGCAGCAGAGCCAUGCUGUUAAUCAGCUCAAAGAUUUGUUGCGCCAACAAGCAGAUAAGGAAAAUGAAGUAUCUCCGUCAAGAAGAGGAAAAAUGUCCCCUUUGGGGUCAUUAGAACUUGAGGAAACCAGUAUGCCUACUAUGUGCAACCUUGUUCCUAUCAUUAAUGACCAGUCUCAAUAUAUCCAUCAUUUAGAGGCGGAAGUUAAGUUCUGCAAGGAGGAACUCUUUGUAAUGAAAAAUAGAAUACAAGUAAUUGUACUUGAAAAUGAAAGGCUCCAGCAAGAGCUGAAAUCUCAAAGACAAGAGGAGACAAUGAGGGAACAAACACUUCUGGAUGCAUCUGGAAACGUGCAGAAUUCUUGCAUUACAACAGGUGAAGAUUCUGGGGUGGGUGAAACUGCCAGAAGACCGUUUUCUUACGACAAUGCAGAUACUGGGAAAGCUGCAUCUGCUGCUGAGCAGCUAGAACUGGAGAAACUAAAACUUAACUAUGAGGAAAAGUAUGAAACUCUGGAAUCCCAGUUGAAGUUUUUGAGGAAAGACUUAGCUGAGUAUCAGAAAACUUGUGAAGAUCUUAAAGAGCAACUAAAGCAUAAAGAGUUUCUUCUGGCUGCUAAUACUUCUAACCGUGUUGGGGGUCUUUGUUUGAAAUGUGCUCAGCAUGAAGCUGUUCUUUCCCAAACCCAUAAUAAUGUUCACAUGCAGACCAUUGAAAGACUGAUUAAAGAAAGAGAUGACUUGAUGUCUGCAUUAGUUUCUGUAAGGAGCAGCUUGGCAGAGACGCAGCAGAGAGAAGCAAGUGCUUAUGAACAGGUGAAACAAGUUUGGCAAAUAUCUGAGGAAGCCAGCUUUGAAAAAACCAAGGCUUUAAUCCAGUGUGACCAGUUGAGGAACGAGCUGGAGAGGCAGGCAGAGCGACUUGAAAAAGAACUUGCCUCUCAGCAAGAGAAAAGGGCCAUUGAGAAAGAUAUGAUGAAAAAGGAAAUCACAAAAGAAAGGGAGGACAUGGGAUCAAAGAUGUUGCUCCUGUCUCAGAAUAUUGCCCAACUGGAGGCCCAGAUGGAAAAGGUUACCAAGGAAAAGAUUUCAGCUGUUAAUCAACUAGAGGAAAUUCAAAGUCAGCUUGCCUCUCGGGAAAUGGAUGUUACAAAGGUGUGUGGAGAAAUGCGCUAUCGGCUGAAUAAAACCAACAUGGAGAAAGACGAGGCAGAAAAGGAGCACAGAGAGUACAGAGCAAAAACUAACAGGGAUCUUGAAAUUAAAGAUCAGGAAAUAGAAAAACUGAGAAUAGAACUGGGUGAAAGCAAGCAGCACUUGGAACAGGAGCAGCAGAAGGCAGCCCGGGCCAGAGAGGAGUGCCUGAAACUAACAGAACUGCUGGGCGAAUCCGAGCACCAACUGCACCUCACCAGACAGGAAAAAGAUAGCAUUCAGCAGAGCUUUAGCAAGGAAGCAAAGGCCCAAGCCCUUCAGGCCCAGCAAAGAGAGCAGGAGCUGACACAGAAGAUACAGCAAAUGGAGGCCCAGCAUGACAAAACUGAAAAUGAACAGUAUCUGUUGCUGACCUCCCAGAAUACAUUCUUGACAAAGUUAAAGGAAGAAUGCUGUACAUUAGCCAAGAAACUGGAACAAAUCUCUCAAAAAAGCAGAUCUGAAAUAGCUCAACUCAGUCAAGAAAAAAGGUAUACAUAUGACAAAUUGGAAAAGUUACAGAGAAGAAAUGAUGAAUUGGAGGAACAGUGCGUCCAGCAUGGGAGAGUACAUGAGAAAAUGAAGCAAAGGCUAAGGCAGCUGGAUAAGCACAGCCAGGCCACGGCCCAGCAGCUGGUGCAGCUCCUCAACAAGCAGAACCAGCUUCUCCUGGAGAGGCAGAGCCUGUCGGAAGAGGUGGACCGGCUGCGAACCCAGUUACCCAGCAUGCCACAAUCUGAUUGCUGACCUGGAUGGAACAGAGUGAAAUAAAUGAUUUACAAAGAGAUAUUUACAUUCAUCUGAUUUAGACUUAAUAUGCCACAACGCACCACGACCUUCCCAGCGUGACACCGUCUCAGCCUGCAGUGGGGCUGGUCCCCGCACGCGGCCAGGCUGGAGCUGGAGUCUGACUCUAGGUGAGGAGAGCUCCUGCUGUAUGUUUUCAGAAAUGGCUUGAAGUUAUGUGUUUAAAUCUGCUCAUUCGUAUGCUAGGUUAUACAUAUGAUUUUCAAUAAAUGAACUUUUUAAAGAC